AUGGUAGCAAGCAUUACAGAUCCCAAGAUAGUAAAACCUCAACACAGUAAACCUGUAUUAGCCGAAGAUCAUAAGGAGUAUGAAAGAGGAAGCUAUACAAGCAACCGGCUCUACAAAGAAAACUCUACAGCAAGACUUAUCAACCAAAAAAAAGAAAAAGAAAAAGAAGAAUCUGUAGAGUCUAACAUUACGGAAGCCAAAAGGAAAAGAGAAGAUUUAAGCUUACUAGGUGACGAAGAAGGAAAGCCCAAAGUUAAUAGAUUUUUCGGACAAAGAAUUAUUAGAAAUACAGUAAAAUUGGCAAAGCACAAUAGCCAAUCGACCCAAUAG